CCAGCACAGCCGCUGUCAUCCGCUCCUCGUAAGCUGCACCAUGCGGCGGCCCAGAUCAGGCCGGUCCCCGGCUCCGGGCCCAUCGCAGCCUGUGAUCAGUCACUUCUUCAGACCCCAGGGCGGGGAGGCUAAGCGGGCACCGACAGCCGGGUCUCCUCAGGUAGAAACGUCUUGUGUAUCUGAAGACGAUAAGCCCGAUGUAAGAAGGAGAAGAAGCUACAAGGAAGAUGAGGGAAAUGGUGGCGUGGUUUUAGAUAGGAAAGAACAAAUAAUCUCUGGAAAGUCGUUCAUCUCCAGCCACACGCUGAACAGGUUACGUGAAUUCUCCAGUGAUUCUGGGAAACAGAUCAGCGAUAGUCAUGACAUAGAAGUACCUGAGUGCUUGGCGCCAUCUCCUGCCAUUGAAGAUGAGAUCUUAAAGUCACAGGACAAAGGUGAAGAAGUGAAAUCUCAUUCUAUUUCCAGGGCAGAAAAAUUGUCCUUGAAGACAUCAACUACGUUUCCUUCUUCCAGACACCAAGAGCAAAUGGCUAAUGCUUCAGAAGCAAAAAUCCCCAACCGCAGAACUAAAAGUGGAUACACCCCUCUUGAGGAGCAGUACAUGAAGAUUAAGGAGAAACACAAAGAUGCCAUUUUGUGUGUAGAAUGUGGAUAUAAAUACAGGUUCUUUGGAGAAGAUGCGGAGAUCGCAGCCCGGGAGCUGAACAUUUAUUGCCACCUAGACCACAACUUUAUGACAGCAAGUAUCCCCACUCACAGGUUAUAUGUCCAUGUCAGACGGCUGGUUGUAAAAGGCUUUAAAGUUGGACUUGUGAAACAAACAGAAACUGCAGCGCUGAAGGCGGCAGGAGAGAACAGGAAUUCUUUAUUUACACGGCAGCUCACAGCCUUAUAUACAAAAUCAACUCUCAUUGGAGAAGAUGUGAACCCAUUGAUCAAUAUUGAUGAUUCACUGGAGAUUGAGACAAUUACGACUGACACCCCAUGCAGCUACCUCCUAUGCAUUUCUGAAAUGCCUGAGAAGUCUAAAACUAAGAAAGCUGAUGACGUUAUUUUUGGCCUUAUGGCCGUUCAGCCUUCUACAGGAGAGGUGAUGUAUGACCGUUUUCCGGACACUAAAUCGCGCUCUGAGUUGGAGACAAGAAUAUUACGCUUGCAGCCCUCUGAAAUAAUACUUCCCUUUGAGAUUUCUGAAGGAACUGAAAAGCUGAUCAACAGCAUUACAGCGGCCUGCCUACGGGAUGAUGACCGAAUAAGAAUUGAAAAAAGGGACAAAGAUCAUUUUGAAUACAGUCAGGCGUUUCAGAUCAUCAGUGAGUUUUAUGGGAAAGAAACAGAUCUAUCAUCAGGUGCUUUAAGGUUAAUGCAGGUCCUGAAGCUAGACAAGACAGUCAUUUGCUCAUUGGCAGCGCUCAUCACAUAUUUGAAAGAAUUUUGUCUGGAGAAGAUACUGAACAAUCCAAGCAGUUUUAUGCCAAUGCGUAACUCAGUUAAAUGUUUUAAUAUGAAUGGGACAACUCUAAGAAACCUGGAAAUCUUGCAAAAUCAAACAGACCAGAAGAUGAAGGGGAGUUUAAUAUGGGUCCUGGACCACACAAGAACCCCAUUUGGCAAAAGGAAGCUUAGGCAAUGGGUGACUCAACCACUUAUUGAUCCAAGUGAAAUCAAUGCUCGGCUUGAUGCGGUGUCUGAGAUCCUUUCAUCUGAUAGCAGCGUUUUCAGCCUGAUUCGGGGCCAUCUCUGUAAGUUGCCAGACUUGGAAAGAGGGAUUUCUAGUAUUUAUCACAAAAAGUCUUCCCCUCAGGAAUUCUUCCUAAUAGUCAGCACAUUGUCCAAUUUAGAAAGCCACCUCCAAGUAUUGAUUCCUGCCGUCAACUCUCAGGUUAAGUCCGCUUUGCUGAAACAGAUUUUUACUGAAGUCCCGCAAAUUCUCAGUCCGACACAGAAGUUUGUACAGGUGUUAAAUGAAGAUGCUGCAAAGGCGGGAAAUAAGACUAACCUCUUCAAAGACCUCACAGAUUUUCCAAAAAUAAAAGAAAGGAAGGCUGAGAUCCAAGGGGUCAUUUCCCAGAUUCAAGGACAUCUUAAUGAAAUCCGUCUCAUAUUGAGAAAUCCUUCCUUGUCUUAUACCACAGUGUCUGGACAAGAGUUUUUAAUAGAAGUUAAGAAUCCUAUGCUCUCCUGUGUACCUUCUGACUGGGUUUCCAUAAGUAGCACAAAAGCUGUCAGUCGCUUCCACUCUCCCUUUAUCGUCGAAAAUUACAGACAUCUGAAUCAGCUGCGGGAGCAGUUAGUCCUUGACUGUAAUACUGAAUGGCUACGGUUUCUUGAGUUCUUUAUAUUCGGGGCAUGUAUGCAGCAAGUUGUCAAAAAGAAGUUCUGGACUGACAGUAAAUUUGGAGAGCAUUAUCAUUCAGUCUCUAAGGCUGUGAAUCACCUAGCAACUGCAGACUGCGUAUUCUCUUUGGCUGAAGUGGCCAAGCAAGGUGAUUAUUGCAGACCAACUGUUCAUGAUCAUGGAACUGAAAUAAUCAUCAACAAUGGCCGCCAUCCUGUAAUAGAUUUACUCUUAGAAGAACAAAAUCAGUAUGUUCCAAAUAGCACCAGUCUGAAGGCAGACAUGGAGAGAGUCAUGAUAAUCACCGGACCUAACAUGGGUGGAAAGAGCUCAUACAUCAAACAGGUCGCCCUCAUCACCAUCAUGGCACAAAUAGGCUCUUAUGUCCCUGCAGAAGAAGUCACUGUUGGUGUGAUUGAUGGAAUCUUUACAAGAAUGGGAGCUGCAGAUAAUAUCUAUAAGGGAAGAAGCACUUUCAUGGAAGAGCUGUCAGAGACCGCAGAGAUAUUAAAGCAAGCCAGUCCUCGGUCUCUUGUCAUUUUGGAUGAAUUGGGGAGAGGCACCAGUACACAUGAUGGGAUCGCUAUAGCAUAUGCAACUCUGGAGCACAUUAUAAGAGAUGUGACAUCUCUGACACUGUUUGUCACACAUUACCCUCCAUUGUGUGAACUGGAAUCCUGCUAUUCUUCUGUUGUUGGAAACUAUCAUAUGGCUUUCUUUAUCGAUGAGGAGCAAGGGGAUGAACAUGGAAUGAUGGCAGAGUCUGAAGUUGCGGAUAAGCCGGAAUACAUCACGUUUUUAUAUCAGAUAACUCGAGGGGUUGCUGCAAGGAGUUAUGGAUUGAAUGUUGCUAAACUGGCAGGUGUCCCCGAGGAGGUUUUAAAGAAAGCAGCUUGUAAAUCUAAAGAACUGGAGGGGUUAGUGGAGAUGCAAAGGAGGAAGAUAAGGACAUUUCAAGAAGCUUGGAAUAUUCAAAGUACUGAGAAGCUGAAAAAUUUAUUGAACUUUGAAUCAUCUGAACCGUCGUCUUGAAACACCAAAGCUAGUGGGGAAGGGACUGGGGUGAAGGAGAUGGAGGCGCUUGGGAUGCACGGAAUGCAUAGUUUAUGACUGUGCUGAAUAUAAAUUGGAAUAUGAACCCUAAUGUACAUGAAAAAUUAGACACAAGGGACAUAAAUGAUGCAGCGUUUUUAUAGCUUCAGCCCAUGUAAGACCUCACAGAAAAAGGAUCACAUUAAGGUGGGGUGUGUUAUAUGGGGACAUCAUUUAAGAAAGUUAGAAGUAAUAAUACACUUGUGCGUGUGGCACACGACUCCUACUUGAGAUCAUGAACAUAAAAACUAUUUUAGUCAGUAAGCAUUGACUAGUUUCUUCCUUGUCUUACAAUAAAGC